GGGCGGGGCCGGACCGGGCGGCGGGGGUGGCCGUUUAAAGUGGCGCUCGCGGCGCGAGGGGGAUGGCGGAGCUGUCGGACUACCCGCCCUUCCAGCUGGGGAAGCCCCGCUUCGAGCAGACUUCGUUUUAUGGACGAUUCCGGCAUUUCUUGGAUAUCAUUGACCCACGCACUCUCUUCGUGUCUGAGAGUCGUCUCAAAGAAGCAGUGCAGUUGCUGGAGGAUUAUAAACAUGGGACCUUACCCCCAGGAGUCACCAACAAAGAGCUGUGGGGAGCUCAAAAAAUAAAGCAGGCCAUCAUACAUCCUGAUACAAAUGAGACUAUCUUCAUGCCUUUCAGAAUGUCAGGUUACAUUCCUUUUGGAACACCCAUCGUUGUUGGUCUUCUCUUGCCAAACCAGACGCUGGCAUCCACUGUUUUUUGGCAGUGGUUGAACCAGAGCCACAACGCAUGUGUCAACUAUGCAAACCGAAAUGCAACAAAGCCUUCUCCGACAUCCAAGUUCAUCCAGGGUUACUUGGGAGCUGUCAUAAGUGCUGUCUCAAUAGCCGUGGGCCUUAAUGUUCUGGUUCAGAGAGCGAACAAGUUUACCCCAGCCACCCGUCUCUUGAUCCAGAGGUUUGUGCCAUUCCCUGCUGUAGCUAGUGCCAAUAUCUGCAACGUAGUCCUGAUGAGGCACACAGAGCUGGAAGAGGGGAUUGACGUCCUGGACAAUAACAGAAACGUCGUUGGAUCUUCCAGAAUUGCUGCCAAACACGCACUGUUAGAGACAGCCUUGACUAGAGUGGUCCUGCCAAUGCCUAUACUGGUUCUACCUCCAAUUAUUAUGUCCAUCCUGGAAAAGACGUCUCUCCUGCGAUCCCGUCCCCGGAUGAUCCUCCCAGUGCAAAGCCUUGUGUGCCUCGCUGCCUUUGGCCUGGCUCUCCCAUUGGCCAUCAGUCUCUUUCCACAGAUGUCUGAGAUUGAGACAUCACGACUCGAGCCAGAAAUCGCAAUGGCCACUACCAGUAAGACUGUUGUCUACAAUAAAGGAUUGUAAGUGGCAGUGGAUCCUCUCUGCAUGGAAGAUUUGGGGAGGGGAAGGGAAAAACUCGCAAUUACUAUUGGGGAGGGGAAAAAAGAAAAAUCAAACAGCAAACAAUAGAACUCAGAGAUAGUAACAUAUUACCACCCUCGAGAACGGGGAGUACAUUAACACUUUCAGAGAACUGACACCUCGCAUCGGUCGAAAAGAUUAAUAUUAAAAGUUUUAAAUUAGCAGCAGGAACAAAAAAAAAAAAAUGAGAUUCAAACACAUUAGAGAACUAGCUGACAAAUAAUGUUCUGAAUUUACAGCGCUGCGUGGAAGGAAGUUUAAUGAUACAUGUGUGCGGUUAUGCCUAACUCUGCGUGAAGGUAGACUACACAAGGCAGUUUUGGUUUUAAUAAGAAUUAAAUCUCCACACUGUUGGAUGCUGCACAGACAUAAUUCCAUAGAAAUCGAUCGGUGCAUGAAUUAGCGCUAGAUAGGGUGUCUGAUGAGGGUACAGUAUUGAUUAAAUGUCAGUCUUGCACCAAGAAUCAUAAAGAACGGGGAAAAAAACAAUUCUCCGCGUUUAGAUUGUAACACUUGGAUUUUAAUCAAAUAGUGCAAUGAAGGUCAGAGCCUGUGUCCCCUCCCUCCCUCCCCUGCAAACAACUAGAGUGAUUUUUUUGCCAUUUCAUAGACUUGCAAGAAAUUCUGUGAGAGCCAAAGGCAUUGGUACAGUCACAGUGUCUUGCCCAAGAUAGAAAGAUAAUGGACAAUUGCCCAGUUGCAAAGCACCGGGCAGGAAAGAAAUCCUCUAGUGUAAAGAAAACAGAUCCAUUCUUUUAACUUUGCACAGAUCUAUAAUUAACCAACUUCUGUUCUCAUUUACAUUGACAAACACGGAGAGUAACUUUCUGUUGGCUGCGGUGAAGUCAUGCUGUUAGAAGAACUGAGAGCAGAAUACAACCUCGUAAUGAAGGGCCCGAUCUGGUAUAAACGGUCAGAGCCCCAUUGGUUUUAUUGGAAUUCUGCUGAUUUACAUUGUCUGAGGGUCUGAGUCAUAAAGUCAACCCCUUCCUAAUCCCUUUUACACCAGAGUAACUGCAGCCAAAGGAUGCAGAUUUCUGAUUGAGGUUAUGUCGAUUAGAAUUUGUCUUGCUUUUGCAUUUUAUCACUGCAGAAGAUGAAAAUUAAAAAGAUCUUGAUCAGAAGCCAGAUGCGAUAGCGAGGGGCACAAUCCAAGUGCAUGUAUUAUGCUAAUCUGUUGGGAUUUGGGGUUCUUUGGGGGGUGGUGGUGGGUUGUGCAAGGGAAAUCCAAUUGCCACUGAUGUAGAAUGUAUAUAAAUGGCAAUAUAUGAAAGUAAGAGACCUAAAUCAUCAGUGUGUUACUUCCAUUUUGUUGUUUGUCUAACUCCUCUCUGGAGUCACACCAGUGUGCAAUGGGAGUUACUCAGUCGUGGGUCAAACCCCAGGGGCUGAUCCUGCUCCCGUGCUGGGGGUAAAAUCAGGGGUAACCACACUGGAAUCAGUGGAGUUACACAAAAUAAAAACCACUCAAAGUGGGAAGAGACUCUGUCUCUCAGCAUUUUGUCCAUCCCUAGGGUGGUGAGUACACCAGGUCAUGCUCUCUGUUGUGCUAGUGUAAAUCCAGAAUCAUUUCACUCCAAUUGAUGAAAUCAUCCUGGAUGUACAGCCUGGUAACAGCAGAAUGAGACGGCCUCAGUUUCUUCUAAUGCACUAGAUGAUAUGAAUGUACACCUCACACCAAGUGAGGUAGCCCACGUCUGCUGAGUAACAACCAGGUAUAAGGGAUUUAGGGAAAAGAGAGACUGGAAGAGUUGUGUUCUGCCAAAGCAGAGGUUUACAAUGAAUAGCAAGGAUAGGCAUACAGUGGUGCUAAGAAUGGUUGGUGGAGCCGAUGUGAUGAAGCACAUUCCUCCAGGGCACAGGUUUCAAACGGACACAUCGGGCCUGUUUCUCCACUUACACUGUUGUAUGUGCCAUUGUGACUGUCCUGAUAAACCUGGGAGAGAAGCAGCUAGAGCCCAGCGCUGUGACGGUGGUGUGCACCUCGUGUGAGUGCAUGCAGAAGCAUCCCACCGAAUUAUACACAAGACACACUGGGCUCGGUCUUCAGCUGGGGCACGGUGGUGUAGUGCUCUUGAGAUCAGUGGAUCUCUGCUGAUUUAGCCCCUCUGCUUUAGCCCGAUUUGUGCACUCUCGCACUUUGUGUCAUCAUUCACACCAGCACCCAUGCAGGUCAGUCAGAGACUUUCUAUUGACUUCUUCAGGCUUAGAGUCAGACCUAAGGCAAGUGCCCAGUUCCUACCAGUUUGGCUUGCUUGCCGUCAACACCCACACUGGUCCGGCAUCUAAGAUGACACGGGAUGAUGCAGCCCAGAAUCAAGCCCACUGAUCCCGACCAGCGUGUAACUGGAUCACAGCAGCAAGGAAAGAGAAUAUAGCCAGGCUUGCCUCUCUAGCUGAACGAGACAGAGAGAGGGCCAGUUUCUGUUAACUGAUCGGGUGCCGAAGCGUGAUUGUGUUCCACCUCGUUCAAGUCCUGAACAUCCAUUCAUGUAUCUGCUUUUGGAACACGCCGUCAUCUGGCACUUAAGAUUCAUUCACAAAAAAGCAGUGCGGAGGAGGAGGAGGGCGCACCCAGCUUUUGUGUUAACUGUACUCAAGCAGGAUGGAAGAGUCGCAGUUAAGUGCCUAAGUACUUUACACAGCUAACAGGUGGAAUAGAGUCCGGCCCAGGAUGUGCAAAGAGGGGAACACAAAAACCCAAGUUGCUGGUGAGCGAUACAAACAGAGCUUUGCACAGAUGCAGAUCACCGCAUUAGCACAGCAGAAAAUGGGACUUUUCAUUGCUGUGUUGAUCAGACUCGAGACAAACCCGGUUCCCAGAACUGGCGGACACUAGUGCAUGCGUGCGCACAUCAUGGAGAAAAACCAUGUGCCGAAUAAACGAAACAGCUAAACUGAGCCUCAAGUUAAUCUGAAUUUCCUGAUGAUCCUAAGGAAUGUGAAGCCAAGUUGCAUCUUACUGUAGAGAGGGCAACCUGCCUUCUUCAUUGUUCUGAACUGAAGUGAAAGUCGUGGAAAAAAUCAGCCUCUCGUGUUAGCAGUGAGAACUGUCCUGGUUGUGUUUUCUGUCAGCACUGAUCAUUUUCUGUGCCACAGGGUUUUGUCACCGUUUGAACCAUUCUGCUGAAAUCCUGCCAAGAUCGCUUGUAGGAGGGGUUAACAGUCAUCUGAGGCUGGGGAGGGGAUGGAAACGAAUACCUCUCUUUGCAGUGGUACUGCUGGGGGGAGGUGGGGAUGAUUUGUUUUUACAUCAUAAUUACUGAUCAAAGAUUCCAGUAGCUGUGAACUCGAGCUACCUGCGGGGCUGCAGAUGGCGUGAGUAAUGCUCAACAUGCACAGCUAAUUGCAAUGCACGGUAGAAAAAUAUUCAAGGAUUUGCUCGCUGCAUUUUUUGUAGGGAGAGAUACCUGAGGAAAGACGAAAACCCAGCAAGUGUUGCAUAUGUUAAAAGUCAAACUUUGUUUAUUUUUCAUGAAGGAGGGAGCAGGCUUCAGUUCAGUGCUUCACAGGUACUUAAUAGAGGCGUUGCUGAGGAUUGCAGUGUUUUAAUGGAAAAUGGAACUGGACCUUCAUCUUAAAUUUCAACCAGAGGGCCAAUGCUGGUUUCCCACUAGUGUAAGGAAUAGAUCUGUUGAUGUCAAAGGAGUUACACUGUCUGUCUGGCAUGAAGGGGGAUCAAAAUCCAGUGCCAAGCCAGAAGAGUGACAGCAGAAGGGUCAAGAGGGAUGUUCCAGAUUGAUUUUCCUCCACUGAAUCAGAGCAGGGGGUCGGACUCGACGAUCUAAUAGGUCCCUUCCAACCCUAGAAAUCUAUGAAAUCUAUGAAUCCCUAUCAAAUGUGCUCAGUUUGCGUGUAAGAAAGUGGGGUCCACACCGGUGCCAGUGAGGCCGUGCUGAUUUAUGGCUGCGGGAGAGAUGACUUGCCCUUGUUCUACCCCUGAUUUCUGCAAAUGCAGCCUAGGGUCUAAAAGGCCAACCUGUUCUUCUCUCCCACAGGUUACGUCACUGCCG